AUGGACGCCUCCUCCCUCCGCAUCUCCAAGUUCGAUGGAACUAACUUCCACGCCUGGAAGUUCAAGAUGCAGAUGGUGCUUGAGGAGCGGAACUUAUGGGAGGUCGUCAGCGGUGAGAUCAAGGCGGAACAGUGCGAGACUCAGUUGGACCAAGCGACGUACAAGAGGAAGUCAAGAAAGGCGAUGGCAGUGAUCUGUCUAGCCAUGGAAGAUUCCCAGCUACCGUUGGUCCGGUCGGCAAGUGGUGCAUGCGACGCAUGGUCAAGGUUGGAAGACCACUUCGAGAAGAAGAGUCUUGCCAACAAGCUGUUCUUGCGCCGUCGCUUCUUCACGACAAUGAUGGAAGAAGGCGACGAUGUGCUCGAACACAUCAACAAGCUCAAGACGCUGGCGGAACAGCUAGAAGCGGUGGGGGCUCCAGUCUGCGAGGACGAUCUGGUGAUCACACUCCUCGGCAGCCUGAGUGACUCGUAUCAAUUCUUGAUCACAGCUUUGGAGUCGCGCUCAGACACUCUUAGCUGGGAGCUCGUGACGUCUCGACUGCUUCAUGAAGAAAUGAAGCGGAAGGAGCAAGGAAGUAAAGGUGAUGAAGCUUCGCAAGGUCAAGCGUUCAUCACAAGGGACAAUCAGCGCAAAGGGCGACCAGUGAAGAAGUCCUGGCCGUGCCACAAUUGCGGAAAGAUUGGUCACUGGAUGGCGGAGUGCCCCUCGCGCAUCCAAGAAAACACGGAGAGACACCGGCCACAGCGUGCUCAAGACAGCGGCGACCGCUAUCGAUCACAACGUGCAAACGUCGCUCAAGAAGAAGACUCGGGCGACUACCUCUUUCGAUCGGUGAAACGACAUCUGCGAAAUCGAGCGACAUCUGGCUGGUCGACUCCGGGGCGACGCAGCACAUGA